UUAUAGUCUCUCUCACUGUUUCACAGCGCAACCGACACCUCCUCUCCCUUACCAAACCCAACACUUUUACUUUAACUCCUCCACAACUUCUAAACAAGCCCCAAACAAAAACCCAGUGUAUUUAUUGACCAAAAAGAAAAAACACAAUCACACACACAAACUCUGAAACAGUAAAAACUAAAAAAAAAGCACACAUCAAUGACAAAUGACCAAACAAAAAGAAAAACACAGAAACACAACCACAUAAACCAGAUCACACACAACAACCCAGAAGAACUCUCUCUACUGUCUCUCUCUCUUCUGAAUCCACCGCACUUUUCUUUCGCCAUGGAUUUUCACGUCUAUGGCGUCUCGAGGCUCGUUUUUAUGUCGUCUGUUUUCGUAUUCUUCGUCGGAAUAUGCCUCGCAUUGCCGGACAAUCCCAACAUCAGAUCGUCCUCUCCGGCGAAUAACUCCGGCCAAAUAAACUCCAACUCGGUCCUCGUCGCUCUUCUGGACUCGCAUUACACUGAGCUGGCCGAGUUGGUCGAGAAGGCCUUGCUGUUGCAGACGCUAGAAGAGACUGUCGGCAAGCACAACAUCACAAUCUUCGCACCCAGAAAUGAAGCUCUCGAACGCGAUCUAGACCCUGAGUUCAAGCGCUUUUUGCUCGAGCCUGGCAAUCUCAAGUCGCUCCAAAAGCUCUUGAUGUUCCACAUUAUCCCAACUCGGAUCGGAUCCAACCAGUGGCCAACUCACCCCGAGUCAACUCAACACCACCGCACUCUCUCCCACGACCACCUCUUCCUCACCCACCACGAGAAGACCGGAGACAAAACCGUUGACCGCGCGAAGCUCAUCCACCCGGAUUUCCUGACCCGGCCCGACGGAGUCAUUCACGGAAUCGAACGCUUGCUCAUCCCACAGUCCGUGCAAGACGACUUCAACAAACGCCGUAGCCUCCGCUCAAUCUCCGCCAUCAAACCCGAAGGAGCCCCGGAAGUCGACCCGAGAACUCACCGUUUGAAGAAACCGGCACCGCCUGCGAAUCCCGGUUCGCCGCCGGCACUUCCGAUCUUCGACGCUUUAGCACCUGGUCCAUCUCUAGCUCCGGCACCCGCACCCGGACCCGGCGGACCCCACCACCACUUCAACGGCGAAGCUCAAGUAAAAGACUUCAUUCACACCCUUCUUCACUACGGAGGGUACAACGAAAUGGCUGAUAUUUUGGUGAACCUUACUUCCUUAGCAACCGAAAUGGGUCGGUUAGUUUCAGAGGGCUACGUUUUAACUGUCUUGGCUCCAAACGACGAAGCCAUGGCUAAGCUAACGACGGAGCAGUUGAGUGAGCCAGGGGCACCGGAGCAAAUAAUGUACUACCAUUUGGUGCCGGAGUACCAGACGGAGGAGAGUAUGUACAAUGCGGUGAGGAGGUUUGGGAAAGUCAGGUACGAUACGCUGCGUUUGCCGCAUAAAGUGGUGGCCCAGGAAGCUGAUGGGUCUGUAAAGUUUGGACAAGGUGAUGGAUCGGCCUAUUUAUUCGACCCGGAUAUUUAUACCGAUGGCCGGAUCUCGGUGCAAGGGAUCGACGGAGUUUUGUUCCCGCCGGAGGAGGUGGAGCCCAAGAAAACCGCCGUGCCCACCAAGGUUGUGUCCAAGCCCAGGAGAGGAAAAUUGAUGGAGGUAGCAUGCCGGGUGCUUGGAGCCGUUGGACAGGAUUCUCGAUUUACCACUUGCCUAUGAAAAAUCCCCCACUAUCCUUUGGCCGACAUCACUGAAAAAUACUAAGAUGCAACAAGACAAGAUUCAUAGAAAAGCAAAGGAUGUAAAAGUUAUGGAAUUGGAAGGCAGCUCACCUUGAGUUUGGAACUAGGGGUGACCUGAGUUUGUGGUUUUCCUUUUUUUCACUUUUCACUUUUUUCUUUUUCUCUUUUCCCUUUUCUUUUUUUUGUGGGUUUGGGUUCCUGAGGAGGUUAAAGAGUUACUCUAGUUUCAUAUAUACCUACUAUUUUAGUACAUAAGUGUAUUUUGUUCUUAAUCUAAAAAUUUGUUAGGAGGCUGGGUUUAUGCCGUGUGUAAUCGAAUCGAGCUGGAAUGGGGCGGAGUAUCUUGCACGUUGUCUUCUGCCUGUUGAAUAAAACAUUUAAACAGGGAAAAUUGUGAAAUACAAUAAAGAAUAUAAUUCUUUCUGUAAUAA